AUGAAAGGAACAAUCUCCACUGAGAAAGAUGCUGACCAUUGCCAGGAGUGUCCAGAUGAUCAAUAUUCAGAUAAGGACCAUUAUCAAUGUGUGGCCAAGGUUGUCACCUUCCUAUCCAAUGGAGAAGCUCUGGGAAUCAUCAUAGUUUUCUUUGCUGUAUUCCUAUCCCUGAACGCAGGCGUUGUGUUAGGAAUUUUCCUGAAAUACCAAGCAACACCCAUGGUCAAAGCCAACAACCGUGACCUCACCUACAUGAUCCUUGUCUCCCUCUUCCUUUCCUUUCAAUGCUCCCUUCUAUUCAUUGGGCGGCCACACAUAGUGACCUGCCUUCUCCAACAAACUGCCUUCAGCACCAUCUUCUCAGUUGCUGUCUCUUCCUUGUUGGCAAAAACCGUCAUGGUGGUGGUGGCCUUUAUGGCAACAAAGCCAGGGAGUAAAAUGAGGAAAUGGCUGGGGAAGACCUUGGCCAACUCCAUUGUCAUUUCUUGUUCUGGUGUUCAGGUGACCAUUUGUACGAUCUGGCUGGGAAUCUCUCCCCCUUUCCCAGAUGCCGACAUGCACUCCCAACCAGGGCAGAUUGUAUUGCAAUGUUAUGAGGGAUCUGCAGCCAUGUUUUAUAUUGCUCUUGGCUACAUGGGUUUUCUGGCCACUAUCUGUUUCACUCUGGCUUUCUUUGCUAGGAAGUUGCCAGGGGCCUUCAAUGAAGCCAAGUUGAUCACCUUCAGCAUGUUGGUGUUUUGCAGUGUUUGGGUGUCCUUUGUGCCCACUUACCUGAGCACCAAAGGGAAAUACAUGGCAGCUGUGCAGGUCUUCUCCAUCUUGUCCUCCAGUCUGGGGUUACUGGGUUGCAUUUUCAUCCCCAAAUGUUACAUUAUAUUAUUUAGGCCCGACUUGAAUACAAAGGAACAUCUGAUGACGAAAACUUGA